AUGAGUCCGAUAGAAGGGCCUCCUUCUACUCGGUCCGGCCGACCAUGGGUUUGGGAUAAGCCCAGCUCAGUUAUGAACUUUGAAAGUAUUUCGGAAGAGCCUGGCUCAUCGACUACACGACCCCCGACUGGCCGCACUCGAGGCUUCACUUCUUCUUCAGGACGACAAACCGUCAAAUGGCCCUUUCACAGUUUCAGCAACUCGAGAUCCUCCAUCAGUUACGUUCGUCGCCCUUCCAACUCUCGGUCCAUUCCGCAAAGCUCAGGCUCUUUGCCUCGUCGUGCUGCCGGCAGCAUCAGCCGUUCUGUCUCCAGCAUCCUUGGUAGCGACAUUAUUCCCGAUUAUGUAGUCAAUUUCAUGCGGGGCGAGACGCCCGAGUCUCUCGCCCAGAGGCACCGUAUUCCGGACAGCCCUGAGCCAGGACAGUUUCAUCGCACUCCAACAGGUCAUCUCGAUAUCUCACCGGGCAACUCAAGGCCAGGCACUCCAAGAGCCGAACAUGAAAAGAUGCUAGUUGAGGAACGACCACUACGAACCAGGUCCCUCAUGACAGGAUGGAGAGGUGGAGUUGGGCUCAACAUGUUUGUGGCCUUUCUCAUUCUCGCGGCUGCUGUGACUUGUCUUGCCCUCGCCUCUGCAAAGGGACACAUGGCGACCUGGGAGUCGACGUUGAUGCAGGGCAAUACGACCACAGUUGAGGGUAUCUCUCGGGGAAUUAUGGCUGCCGUCAACAUUUUCGCUAUCGCCCUUAUCGCCGGAGCCAACUAUGUCGUUCAAAUUCUCAACAGCCCAACCCGCGCCGAAGUGGACAAUGCCCACCAGAACUUUGAGUGGCUCGAUGUCGGUAUUCCUUCGCUGCGAAACCUGUCACUCAUUUCUUCGACUAGGGCCACGCUAUCUGGAAUCAUGAUGGCGUUUGCCCUUGUCUCUCAAGUGAUAUAUAAUGCCGUAAUUAUUACAACUGAACACUCUGACAAGUCUAACGCAUCACUUAACGUCAAUGGACCUCUGCUUGCCGCAAUCACACUCGUAAACCUCGUUCUCAUCUUUACCUAUAUGAUCGUUAUCGCUCUGGCUCUCACUCGACAAUCUUUCAACCCGCUGGUCACGCUUGGCGAUGCACUUACUUCGUUUCUUGCGGAUCCCGACUACAGCACCCAGGAUUCGUGUCUGAUGACUAAAGGAGAGGUCAAGAAGGGACUAUGGGGUGAGCGAGAGGGCAAGUACUGGUAUGCUCAGUCAAGCUACUGGUACAAUAUCCCUUCUCCUCGCCGAUGGACCGUUUGGGUCUUGACAUGGAUUAUGCCUGUGGGCUUGACAGCGACAGCCGUGGCCCUGGGGGCUAUGGAGAACCCAAAGAAGGCAUUUUCGACAUUUGGCAAGGCGGCAGUGGUAUAUGAGCUACCUUCGGGAAUGUCGCGAUCCGGGCUGGCCAUUGUUGCAGCGCUUCCUCAGCUUCUUUUGGGUCUUCUGUAUCUCUCAAGCAAUGCGCUGCUGACACUGUUUUUCCUAUCCCACGAAUUCUCGCAGUUCUCGUCGCAGCUGCUUCCAUUUCGGAUAUCUUCCGGUCAGCCACUGGGUGCACAGACGACUUCUCUGUACCUGACCCUGCCUCGACCUUUAUCCUGGAUGCUCUUUUUCCUGAUUACCGCCAUGGCUUAUCUUCUUAGCCAGGGUGUUCUGCUCGUUUCCGUGGACAGUAGCCAAGGAUCGACCACAGGCAUUGGGUUCAGCCCCCUGCCUUUACUUCUGCUCCUUGUGCUUCUCGUGGUGCUGGCAUCCGGAGUUGCUGUCCUAUCACUCCGAAAGGUGGAUCCCCGGGGUGCCGUGGAGAGUGGAGCACCGGCCGGCAACCCAUUGGCCUUGGUAGGCGGAACAUGUUCGGCAGUCUUGAGCGCACGAUGCCACCGCGUACCGAGAGAAGGCGGUGUUGAAACGCUUGAGGUUCGAUGGGGUGUUGUGCGAGAGGGUGUGGGGAUGAACGCAGGCCAUGCGACCUUCUCUGGAAGGCCCGUGGGAGAUAUUAUGGUUGGAAGAGCGUACGCAUGA